AUGAGAGGUGGACUUGGUUUGCUUGGCUUUGGAGUAUUUAAACGAGUCAACAAGAUGAGCUUUUGGGCAAGACGGACAAGGAGGAAACCUGCAUCUGAAAUAGCACCCCUCUUGGAUAUUCAGGAACCAGACGUGAUAGUAGAUAUAAUGGCCGGGAAAUCCGAUCCCAAAUACGACACUUUCGUCUCUAGUCCUCUCGAGUCGGACGACGAGAGUGUCAAUAACAGACGAAAGAAUCCAUUCGAGGAUCCUGCAAUUGCCGAGCACUGGCGUCUGACGUAUGAAAAGUCGCAGUAUGAAUGUCGGCAUGUGUUUGAUCCGACGGUGACCUGGACGGAGGAUGAGGAGAAGCGGUUGAUUCGAAAACUGGAUUGGAGGAUUUGUCUGUGGGCUUGUGUCAUGUUUUUUGGCCUACAAGUUGAUCGAGGCAACCUCAUCCAAGCAGUCUCUGGCACAUUUCUAAAGGAUCUGAAGUUGAACACCAACGACUAUAACUGGGGCAACAUAACAUUCAGAGUUUCCUUUCUCUGUGCUGAACUCCCAUCUCAGCUCAUCUCCAAAAAGAUUGGUCCAGACCGCUGGAUCCCGAUCCAGAUUACUUUGUGGUCCGUCGUUGCUAUUUCGCAGUGCGCUAUACAUACCAGGGCGGCGUUUCUUGCUACGAGGUCAUUACUCGGACUUUUGGAGGGAGGAUUCAUUCCAGAUAUCGUUCUCUGGCUGUCGUACUUCUACACCUCCAAAGAACUCCCAAUCCGACUUAGCUUCUUCUGGGCAACCCUCUCUAUAACAUCAAUAAUAACCUCCCUUCUCGCCUUCGCCAUCUUCCACCUCGACGGCGUAAACGGCUGGGCCGGCUGGCGCUGGCUCUUCCUCAUCGAGGGCCUCAUAACCCUCACCGUCGGCCUAAUCUCAUUCUUCAUGAUGCCCGCCUCCGCCGUACAAACAAAAGCCUGGUUCCGUCCCAACGGCUGGUUCACAGAUCGGGAGAUCUCCAUCGUCGUAAACCGCGUGUUACGGGAUGACCCUUCAAAGGGUGAUAUGCAUAAUCGACAAGCCAUUACACCCCGACGGCUAUGGAAUGCAUUGAUGGAUUACCAUCUCUGGCCAAUUUAUGUUAUUGGGUUCUUGGCGUAUAUCCCUCAAUCACCACCCAGCACGUAUCUAACCUUGACUCUGCGGUCUGUUGGGUUCAGUACGUUUACGACUAAUUUACUCACGAUCCCUUCGAGUGUGUUUCAUAUCGGGACGUUGUUGUUACUUACCCGACUUUCGGAAUGGUUGAAUGAGAGGUCCCUGGUAGCUAUGUUGCAGGCUGUGUGGACAUUACCGUGUAUCAUUGCAUUGAGGUUUUGGCCAGGUAUUAUUAAGAAUGCAUGGGGAACGUAUGCUUUGGUCACUGUUUUGUUGAGUUAUCCUUAUUGUCACGCAAUCGCUGUGGGAUGGAUAUCUCGCAACUCCAACAACGUCGGCACUCGCUCCGUCUCAGCUGCUCUAUACAACAUGUCCGUCCAAAUAGGCGACAUAGGAGCCUUCUUCAUCUACCGCGAAGACGAUAAGCCCAAAUAUCACCGCGGAAACACAAACCUCCUAAUCAUCAACCUCGUCGUCAUUGUCGUGUUCAUCUCCACCAAGAUAUACUAUGUAUAUCAGAACCGGAGACGGGAUAGGAUUUGGAAUGCGAUGAAUGAAGAGGAGAGGAGUUGGUAUAUUAAGAAUACGGCGUUGCAGGGGAGUAAGAGGUUAGAUUUUAGGUUUGCACAUUAG